CGGAGCGCGCAGGCCGGUCCCGGCGGCGGGGCGGGGCGGGGCGGGGCGGGGGCGCCAUGUGGUUCACGUACGUGCUGAGCUGGCUGUCGCUCUUCGUCCAGGUGGCCUUCAUCACGCUGGCCGUCGCGGCCGGACUCUACUACCUGGCGGAGCUGAUAGAGGAGUACACGGUGGCCACGAGCAGGAUCAUAAAGUACAUGAUCUGGUUCUCCACAGCUGUGCUGAUUGGCCUCUACGUUUUUGAGCACUUCCCCACCUUCAUGAUUGGCGUGGGCCUCUUCACCAACCUCGUCUACUUUGGCCUCCUCCAGACCUUCCCUUUCAUCAUGCUGACUUCGCCUAACUUCAUCCUUUCGUGUGGGCUAGUGGUGGUGAAUCAUUACCUAGCAUUUCAGUUUUUUGCAGAGGAAUAUUAUCCUUUCUCAGAGGUCCUGGCCUAUUUCACUUUCUGUCUGUGGAUCAUCCCGUUUGCGUUCUUUGUGUCACUGUCGGCUGGGGAAAACGUCCUGCCCUCCACCAUGCAGCCAGGAGAUGACGUGGUCUCCAAUUACUUCACCAAAGGCAAGCGGGGCAAACGCUUAGGGAUCCUGGUUGUCUUCUCCUUCAUCAAAGAGGCUAUUCUUCCCAGUCGUCAGAAGAUAUACUGAACCCCUUGGGGAGGGCAUGUGGAGCCCCACAGGAGAGUCGGGCCCUGGGCCUGUGCGCUGGGCGGGGCCGUGAGCCUGGAAGGCACCUGCCCCCAGCCCCGGCCCUUGCUCCCUCGACUCUCCCUGAAGCCCUCGUCCCCGCCUUCCUCGAAGGGCUCAGCUUGGCUCAGAUCUGACGCUGCUAGAGGCUGUGACCCCACAGGCCCCCGGGAGGAUGCCAGAGCCUGCCUGGCCAGGAGGCCGGGGUCCACCUGGUUAUGUGGAAGCUGAGCUCCCUAGGGCCCUCCUGCCCACCUCCGCGGUGGGCCGGGAGGUUGUGGCCCAGCCGGGGCAGGCAGGGCAGGGGCCGUGAAGCUGGAGAGCAGACAGGGCUGUUUCCUGGGCAGACGGCCGUGGGGAGGGGCCGUGGCUUGGCACUUCCAAGAGAAAGAGUUUUCGCUGUUGAACUGUGAUUUCUGUCCUAGUGCUGACUGCCAUUGAAUAAAGAUUCUAGGUGGCACUGUUUGCCUUAAUA